AUGAACAGGCAUUACGCCUCUCCAAAGGGCUAUUCAGCCUACCCCCGAGGGCCCAACGACUUCUCCAUAUCGCCCAAUCGUAGCUUCCAACCUCGCUCACAACCCGCCCUCCGCCGACGACGUCAGCUCUUCCAACGGCUGCUCCUGCUCGGCGGGGUAUCACUUCUACUAGUUAUCUUCAUCUUUCCUUCCUGGCGCGCGGCCAUCAUCCCAACCCUAUCCCUCGGCCUCGUCCAUCCAUCAGAGGACCUCCAUCUCCAAACAGUCCGGUACUAUGAUCUCUCCGAAGUCCAAGGCACGGAGAAAGGCUGGGAACGCGGCGAACGCGUCCUCAUGCUGACACCGCUGCGCGAUGCCUCCUCCCACCUACCCAUGUUCUUCUCGCACCUGCGAAACCUCACCUACCCACACAACCUGAUCGACCUGGCCUUCCUGGUGUCCGACUCGCGUGACGAGACUCUGGGCAUGCUCACGCGCAUGCUGCAGGAAGUGCAAAAUGAUCCAGACCCGAAGAUGAAAUUUGGCGAGAUCUCCGUUAUCGAGAAAGAUUUUGGCCAGAAGGUGCAGCAGGAUGUGGAGAGUCGGCAUGGUUUCGAGGCCCAGGCGAGCCGGCGGAAAUUGAUGGCUCAGGCGAGGAAUUGGCUGCUUAGCGCGACGCUGCGUCCUACCCAUAGCUGGGUCUAUUGGAGAGAUGCAGAUGUCGAGACGGCGCCUUUUACAAUUAUUGAGGAUUUGAUGAGGCAUAACAAGGAUGUCACUGUUCCGAAUGUGUGGCGACCACUCCCAGAUUGGCUCGGUGGAGAACAACCCUACGAUCUGAAUUCGUGGCAGGAAUCAGAAACCGCAUUAGCCUUGGCUGAGACGUUAGAUGAAGACGCCGUGAUUGUGGAGGGAUAUGCCGAAUAUGCAACAUGGCGACCCCAUCUGGCCUACCUCCGCGAUCCCUACGGAGACCCCGAUAUGGAGAUGGAGCUGGACGGCAUUGGCGGUGUCAGUAUCCUGGCAAAGGCCCGAGUCUUUCGCGCCGGUGUCCAUUUCCCAGCCUUCAGCUUUGAAAAGCAUGCUGAAACCGAGGGCUUUGGCAAGAUGGCCAAACGUAUGAAAUUCUCCGUGAUUGGACUCCCACAUUAUACUAUCUGGCAUUUGUACGAGCCCAGUGUGGAUGAUCUGCGCCAUAUGGAGGAGAUGGAACUGGAACGCCUGGCUCGCGAGGAAGAAGAGCGAGAGCGCGAGCAGCAGGAGCAGAAGGAGCCGAAAGAAAGCAGCAAAGCCAAGGCUCAUAGUGCUGCCAAAGGCUCUGACAAGGGCUCGGAUGAAGGUCCUGCCGCUCAACCUGCUAAGAACUCUGCGAAUGAUGCCUCCAGUCUAUAG